AUGAAUCGAUACCAACACCAACAUUUACAAACACAUAAUUCGAGUACAACUCUCCCAUUAAACCAUCACUUUCACCUAAGUAGUAGUACAACAACAACGACAACAACUGUUCUUCAAACUCCACUCGAUACUUAUUCGCCAAAUAAUAAUAAUUCACUCGUCGAUUUACACCAACCAAAUCAUUACAAUUUACUUGAUGAUAAUUACAUUUACCCACCACCUUCGUCCUAUUGUACAAAACACCAUCAGAUAUACCGAUCACCAACGAUUUGUACAUUAGAUUCUCAACCAAAUGUUUAUGAAACAUACGCAUCACCUACCUCAUCAUCAGCAGCAACAGCAGCAAAUAUUCCAGUAAACUCUUAUGAACAAUUCUGUAUUGACAAUUCGCAAACCUCACCAUCCACACCAUGGAUAGCCGCAACAGGUGAAAGUCCACUCUAUCAUCCCAUUCAAUCAUUUGAUCAAUGUAAUAUUUAUCUAAACAAUUCGCAAUUAUCUGAACCAAACUAUCGCGAUUAUUCAUCAGUUCCAUUAUCUAAUAAUGAAACUUCAUCGUCAUCAACAUCGUCGUCUUCGUCAUUUCAUGCUCCUAUUCAACCACCAGGUAGUCAACCCCAAUAUCGUCAACAUGAACAGUCAACGAUAACCAGUUUAGACGAAAAACCAUUGAACAUUGUUGCCAGUGAAGCUAAAUACAAAUGGAUGCAAAUCAAACGCACCCCCGCGAAGACAGCCGGUAAACCGACUGAUUAUAACUACAAUAAUGGCACGUCGCUAAUCAACGGUUCAGCAGCAAAUGCAAUGAUCAAUUCGAAUGCAGCAAAUGCUGGUCGAACGAAUUUUACUAAUAAACAACUAACAGAAUUGGAAAAAGAAUUUCAUUUCAGUCGUUAUUUAACACGAGCAAGACGAAUUGAAAUUGCGGCAUCACUUCAACUAAAUGAAACACAAGUCAAGAUUUGGUUUCAAAAUCGCCGUAUGAAAGCGAAGAAAAGACAACGUGAACCCGAUGUUUUUACAUUCGAUUCCAUGUGA